AUGACUUACGUAAAAAGUACCAAAGGAAAAAAUUUAUUAGUACAUUCGGAAUAUAUUUUUGAAAAGGACUAUACGAAAAAUGAAAAAACAUAUUGGAAAUGCAUCAAAUAUAAUAUGUACAAGUGUCGUGGACGGGCACAUACAGUAAAUGAUGAAGUUAUUCUGCAUAAAAACACUCACAACCACACACCCAACAUAACAGAAAUUAGUACUAAAACUAUUAUUAACGAGUUGAAAWAGACAGCAUCCAGUCAAGUAACUUCAACUCCUCAUCAAAUAGUUACUAAUACUAUUUCUACUAUAUCAUCUCAAGCAAUUUCUGGCGCUUUACCUUCAGUAGCCACAAUGAAGAAAACGRUCCAAAGACUAAGGCGUUGUAAAAAUGCMCCUCCCGUAAAUCYGUCAACGUUAUCAGAAAUAACUAUUAUUGACCCGUAUACAUUCAMAUUAAACAAUAAACYCUUCCUCCUCUAUGAUAGUGGUUCUGAUGAUAUCAAUCGAAUAUUAUUGUUUUCAACUGAAGAAAAUUUAAAAAUAUUAUCUGACCAGUGUCAUUGGUUUAUUGAUGGUACAUUUAAGUCAUCCCCACAACUCUUUAUUCAGCUUCUUACAAUCCAUGCAAUAAAAUACGACACAGUAUUACCGUUAGUGUUUGCACUUGUGCCAAAUAAAACACGUGAUAGUUAUACUAAGAUAAUAAAAGAACUUCUAAAUUUGGAAAAAAAUUUACGGCCAGCAAGUGUUAUGGUUGAUUUUGAACAAGYGCUUUUAGGUGCAAUUACAGACGUUUUCAAGGACACCCGAAUWARAGGCUGCUUUUUUCAUUUUGGGCAAUGUAUAUGGAGAAAAAUACAGUGUAUCCCUGAAAUACGAGAAAAAUAUAUUUCAAAUGCUGACUUUGCCUUAAAUGUAAAACAGSUAAUGGCUUUAGCAUUUGUACCGAUACCUGACGUCGAAGAAAAAUUUGACGAAUUAAUGUCCCAAAGUUUUUUUGUAGAAAAUGAAGAACUAUUGUUUCCAUUGACAGACUACUUUGAAGAUACAUGGAUCRGCAGACCAAAUAGACGUAGAACUCGACGCCCACCUACAUUUAGUUUAGCACUGUGGAAUCAAUACGACGCAACACUUGCAGAUUUKCCAAAAACAAACAACUCCGUCGAAGGUUGGCACAGAGCAUUUUCGUCAUUGUUAGGUGCAUCUCAUCCAACAAUAUGGCGAUUGAUAGACACAAUAAAAAAAGAACAAGGGUCAACGGAAGCAAAAAUCAUUCAAUUAAUAGCAGGGCAAGAACAGGUAGCUAAAAAGAAAWAAUAUACGAAGACAACUACACGGAUUAAAAAAAUUGUAAAUUCUUACCAUGAACGUAAUAUCAAUGAAUAUUUAAUUGGCAUUGCUCAUAAUUUACAAAUAUAA